GGGGCAGGGUCAAAGGGCGCGCGGCGGCGCCUGCGCAGAGGGGCGCCGUGCGGCAAGAUGGCGGACAAAGAGAAGAAGAAGAAAGAGAGCAUCUUGGACUUGUCUAAGUACAUCGACAAGACGAUUCGGGUGAAGUUUCAGGGAGGCCGCGAAGCCAGUGGCAUCCUGAAGGGGUUCGACCCGCUGCUCAACCUCGUGCUGGACGGCACCGUGGAGUACAUGAGAGACCCUGAUGACCAGUACAAGCUCACAGAGGACACCCGCCAGCUGGGCCUGGUGGUGUGCAGGGGCACCUCCGUGGUGCUCAUCUGCCCGCAGGACGGCAUGGAGGCCAUCCCCAAUCCCUUCAUCCAGCAGCAGGACGCCUAGCGGGGACUCGGAGCUGCCCUCCCCUGCCGCGCGUGCCCCCGCAGGACGGAGCUCUCCUUUUUAUAUAGGUUAUGUUUCUGUUUUCGUAAUAAAACCGCAGACCCCAAGUG